AUGUCGCAGGUAUCAACAGAAACUGAGCAUGGCUCUUCACCAGCUAACUCAUCUUUCAAUAGCUCCCUAUUUGUAACCAAUCCUAUAAAUGUAAACUUGACUGUUACACACUGGAACUCUGUAUCAACUACUGCAUCAUCAUCAGCAGCAACAAGUACUGCUACUAUGCCUACUUCUAACCCAGGUCUCAAGGAGUUCUACAUUGGCUUGACACUUGCCAUCUCCUCAAGCAUCUUUAUUGGAAGCAGCUUUAUCUUCAAAAAACUUGGUCUGCUCAAAUUGGCCAAACAUUCCAGUACUAGAGCAGGUCAAGGUGGUUAUGGCUAUCUACGUGAAUGGAUGUGGUGGGCUGGGAUGUCACUUAUGACGCUUGGGGAAUUUGCCAAUUUUGCAGCUUAUGCAUUUGCACCUGCAACACUUGUGACACCUUUAGGGGCUCUCAGUGUUUUGGUCAGUGCUUUGUUAUCUUCUCGAGUGUUAAAAGAACGUCUCAAUCUUCUGGGCAAAGUGGGCUGUGGUUUGGCUAUUAUCGGUUCCACUAUUAUGGUUAUCCAUUCACCCAAGGAGCAGGAAGUUGCCAAUAUGGCUGAACUGGAAGAUAAGCUGAAGCAACCUGGUUUCAUUGUCUACUCUCUUCUGGUUGUGAGUGUGACUGUUGUCUUGAUUGUCUACUAUGCUCCUCACUAUGGCAACACUAACAUUCUGGUUUACAUAGGAAUCUGCUCUUUGCUUGGAUCAUUUACAGUGAUGGGAUGUAAAGGUAUUGGUGUCUCUUUGAAAGAGGCUGUGGCAUAUCAGAGUAACCUUCUGUUGAGCUGGCUCACUUGGUUGCUCCUACUGAUAGUCAUUGUUUGCAUUAUCAUUCAACUCAACUACCUGAAUCGUGCCCUGGACACAUUCAAUACAGCCGUUGUCACCCCGAUCUAUUAUGUGUUCUUCACAUCGGCAGUCAUAGUGGCAUCAUUGGUCCUCUUUAAAGAAUGGGGCAACAUGAAGCCUGAAGAUAUUGUUGGAAACCUUUGUGGUUUCUUAGUUAUUGUUUCUGGAAUUUUCCUUCUGAAUGCAUUCAAAGACAUGAACAUUACUUUAGCAAAUUUGCCGAGCUCAAGAAAGACUGAAAAUUCUUCUAAUCAUGAUGACAAAAUGAUGUCUUCAAUGUGUCAUGACGAUCGACAGACGUUACUUGCAGACAAAACACGUGUCAAGGAGUAUACAAAUUAUUGA